GGGAGCGCGCGUCAGUUCCGCGCCGAGCUGUCCGGACGCGAUGGCCGCCCCAAAAGAAAAUGUCAGUUUAUUAUUCAAGUUAUACUGCUUGACAGUGAUGACGUUGGUGGCUGCAGUUUAUACCAUUGCUUUGAGAUACACAAGGACAGCAGACAAAGAACUCUACUUUUCAACCACAGCCGUGUGUAUCACUGAAGUUAUAAAGUUGUUGCUAAGUGUGGGAAUUUUAGCUAAAGAAACUGGUAGUCUGGGUAGAUUCAAGGCAUCUUUAAGAGAAAAUGUCUUGGGGAGCCCCAAGGAACUGAUGAAGUUAAGUGUGCCAUCGUUAGUGUAUGCUGUUCAGAACAACAUGGCUUUCAUAGCUCUCAGCAAUCUGGACGCAGCAGUGUACCAGGUGACCUACCAGUUGAAGAUUCCCUGUACUGCUUUAUGUACUGUUUUAAUGUUAAACCGGACACUCAGCAAAUUACAGUGGAUUUCAGUUUUUAUGCUUUGUGGUGGAGUCACACUUGUACAGUGGAAACCAGCCCAAGCUACAAAAGUCAUGGUGGAACAGAACCCAUUGUUCGGGUUUGGCGCUAUAGCUAUUGCUGUAUUGUGCUCAGGAUUUGCAGGAGUGUAUUUUGAAAAAGUUUUAAAGAGUUCAGACACUUCCCUUUGGGUGAGAAACAUUCAGAUGUAUCUAUCAGGGAUUGUUGUGACAUUAGUUGGCGUCUACUUGUCUGAUGGAGAAGAAGUUAAAGAAAAAGGAUUUUUCUAUGGUUAUACGUAUUAUGUCUGGGUUGUCAUCUUUUUUGCAAGUGUUGGAGGCCUCUACACUUCAGUUGUGGUCAAGUACACAGACAACAUCAUGAAAGGUUUUUCUGCAGCAGCAGCCAUUGUCCUUUCUACCAUCGCUUCAGUGAUGCUGUUUGGAUUGCAGAUAACACUCAACUUUGCUUUGGGUACACUUCUCGUAUGUAUUUCUAUAUAUCUUUAUGGAUUACCCAGACAAGACACGACAUCCAUCCAACAAGGAGAAACAGCUUCAUCAAAAGAGAGAGUCAUUGGUGUAUGUCAGUCUUGAAGAUUCUUAAAGUUCUUAAGACUAAUCUAUUUGCAUUAAACUAGAGCCUUAAGUCAAUCCCAGAAGAUAGCUUAAAUAAAAACACCAAAUUAACUGUGUGGCAUAAGCAGUAAGAAGAAAACUGAGUGACUUGCUACAAAGAUUUAAUGUGACCUGUUUGAGAAUGAAGGAAUUUUAUUAUUGUAUAUAAAAAUGUACAUACAAAGUAUGGAGAUAUGGCGUUUAAAAAAAAAAAAUCAUGUGACGCCACGAUAUUCAAGUAACACGGUUUGGGACAAUGUUAAGAUUUAAAGUGCCAAAGCCAUUUCUGUGCUAACUGAUCUCUUGUACCAGAGAAGCUGAACCCUCCUUGCUCAACAAUUCACAUACAGUAUUUUGUCUCAGUGGCAGUAAAGACCUAGUCCUUUUCUUACAAAAGGGAGGCAAAGAAAAGGCAGCAUGGCUCAGAAACAAAUUGAAUGUUCUUACAAACUGAAUCUAUUUCAUAACUCAGACAGUGAUUUCUGGGUGGUCAAGUAACCCUUCAAGUGCUGUAUUUGUGUCAUCCAUUCUCUGGGUUCAUAUUCCUUUGCUGUUAGAUCUUCAAAAAUUUCUAAUGUCACUUUUGUACUUUUUUUUAAUGAAGUAUGUUUAACUGUGGGACUCAACCAGUUGUAAAAUUUCAGUGUUUUUUAAAAAACGUUUCUAUCAUGUUCAUGGGAAAAUUCAGCAAUAAACUUAAUUUAUUUAUAUGAAAGUUGAUCAAUUUCUGUAUUUUAUAUAUAUGAACAUAAGGCAAAAUACAAACAGGCCAGCUGGGGCUAAGAGGACUGACUGCAUUCAUGCUCAUUGGACUCUAGGUUGCAGAGUAUAGGCUGAAUUAAUAAACAGUUUUCUUAGAGAGAUGCUUUCCGAAGGAUGGGGCUCUAAUCGUCACUGUCUCUAUCAUUUCACUCAAGAUUCAAAAAUUGAGAGGCUACCACAGAUUUGGGAACGUUUGUCCCAAGAAGAGGAGGGGGAUAUGGGACAUAUUUUACAUGUCCCAACUGUACAUUUUUAUUCCCUGGCUGAUUUGUUCUAAGGAAAUUUAAUACUUUCAAUAGAAAGUAAUCUGGAAGCUAAUUAAAAGUGUGACUGACUGUAUAAACGAAUCUUUUCUCAGACUAAGAGGGUAUACCAUACUUGCCAAUAUAACACUAUGUUCGUUCAACUAGAGAAACUUUGGUUUAUAUUUAUUGACUGUCACUGGUAUUCACAAGAGUUCUAGUAGCAACAUUCAGAACAAAUUAGAGCAGACCUGAAUGGAAAUGCUGGAUGAAGCUACUAGCAGAACUGAUCAAACAGGUCACAUUAUACUCAUGUUACCUAAACAAGUACCAUAAAAUAUACCUUAACAAUGUGCAGAUACAGGAAGGAAAUAAAUUUCAAAUAUAGCUUAACUGAUGAACCAAUUUCCAUGAAAAUAUCCUAAUAUAGAGAUACCUGUAUGUGUAAUUCCUUGCUCUUCAAAUGUAUCCUGAAUUCACGUAUUGAGAGUAACCUUUAUAUAUCUACAAAAAUAUAAGCAUAAUAUCUGUCACCUAGGAGUAGUCGUCAACCUUAUUGGGAAAAAUAAUCCUGAUCGUUAUUUAAUAAAUUUAUUCAGAACUAGCCAUAAUUACAAGAAAACUUAGGUUUUUCCCCCUUAUUU